CUGUUCUUACGGUCUUAUCCAUUCACCAAUCCUUCAAAUGAAUUGCUUCCACGCCCUCAAGUUGAAGUCCCACUCUUCUCUAUAUAAACAGCCAUUAACAUUUCCCCUAAAAAUCGCCAAUUAAGUCCGGAAAUUGAAUUGAUAUAGGUUGAUAGCUUUGUGAAGAAAUGAAGAACACUGGGAAGAGUAGCAAAGGCAACGGAAAAUCGUCGGCGGCGGCGGCGGAUGCGAGGAAAGACAGGAAAUCUGGUACCGGAAUGAGUGGAUCGCCUAAGAAAGGAGGUCACGGUGGCAAAUACACUUGGGCGGGAGAUGGGCUUUCGCCGGCCGAGAUCGGGUUUGAGAAAGAGGUUAUUGAUGUUAAGGAUCCUAACUUUGAAGAUGCCGAUGAGAUCGUGACCGUUUGAUGGUGAUCAUCAUCGCCUUUUGAGUUUUUUUUCAUGAUGAUGAUCGGAUGUGUAAAUUUAUAGUUUUAUCCCUGUAAUGAAUAAAUUUGUAGUAAACGCGAUUUUCGUUUGUCGUGCUC